ACUCAAGUCUAAAGCGGUACAGCUCCGCCCAAGUUUAGCUCCGCAAAACAUCGCAGAGAUCGCGAGGAGACCUACGAAGGAAGACUGAGAAACAUGGAACUAGAAUUGAAACAGAAGAUCGAGAAGACAGUGCGUGAGAUUCUGCAAGAAGCGAACAUGGACGAGACCACCGAGUACCAAAUCCGGGAGGCAGCGUCGGCGAAGCUGGGCUUCGACCUCUCCAAGCCUGAGCACAAGGGAUUUGUUAGGCGCGUGGUCAAUUGCUUCCUGGAAGAAGAGAACGCGAAAGAAAUCAAAGAACUAGAAGAGAACGCGAAACAACAGGUUGAAGAGGAGGAAGGAGAAGAAGAAGAAGAACGAGGAGUAGCCGUUGCAAACGACGACAAGGAGUACGACGAUGAUGGUGAUCUCAUAGUAUGCAGGUUGUCAGACAAGAGAAGAGUGACAAUACAGAACUUCAGGGGAAGGAACUUGGUCUCAAUAAGGGAAUUCUAUAAAAAGGAUGGCAAGGAACUUCCUUCUAAUAAAGGAAUAAGCUUGACGGAUGAGCAAUGGGGAACUCUAAGGAACAAUGUUUCUGCUAUAGAGAAAGCUGUUGAUAAGAUGAACUCGCGCUUGAUGUGAUGAAAGUUCUUUGAGGAUGGACGUUUGAAGACUUACAUGAAUGUCGUUUUUUGAACCUUUGUUUGGUACUUCUCUGGAAAUGCCUUCCUUCUGCCUUGAGUUUUGAGUUCUCGGCUCUUUUGAUCAGUGCCAGAUGCAGAAUGGAAAUCGACACUUAAGAAACUGCUGCUACUCAGAAAUAUGUUGUAAACUGUAUCAAAUAUGUAACCUUGUUGACAGACUGUAUUUGAGUAAACUUGUUGUCGGGUGAAUGCUUGUCAAAUAUUGGAUUGGACCUGCCAUGCUCUAUCAGAACUGAACAUUUCUUCCCGUCUAGGGCUGUUUGAUUAA